AUGGCCGCCGACGGAUCCAUCACCGAUCCCCUGCUCGUUACGGUUCUUGACACGUCGAGAGCCGCGCGCGAGCAAGCCGUGGUUCUCAUUGAUCGCAUCCAAGAAGCUCUUGAUGCUGCAGGCAACGGGCCUCUACCUUUGGAAGCCCAGGCGGAAAUCUCAAAGCAACAGAAACUGCUCAACACCAAUAUCGCCCAGCUCCGCGGUCUACACCGGUCUGCUCAUUUCAAGGCGCGUGAGACAAAAGGUCAAACAGCAGAGGUACGCCAUGAGGUCGACGUGCUCCAUCUUCAACUACAAAAUCUCUACUACGAACAAAGGCAUCUGGAGGGAGAAAUUGCAGCUUGCGAGUCCUUUGAGCAUACCUAUCAAAAGCUUCCUCUGAUUCCUGUCGAGGAGUUCCUAGCUCUACAUCCCGAGCAUGCUGAUGACGAUGAAAACGACCUCAUGGUGGCGCGCAUCAAUCAUGAGAGAACCGAGCGAGAAGCACUUGAGCAGCAAAGGGUCGAGUUGCAGAAGCGCAAACAGAAACUGAUUGCCGACAACAAAAAGCGACGCGACGAUCUGGCUAAUCUGGAUAAGGAUUUGGAGAAAUUCAUCGAUGCCGCGAAACCCAUCCAAAAGCUCUUCGAGAAGGUUGUGUGA